UGUCUUGGUAUUUCACAUGGAAAAUUUGUAAGGGAAGUGUCUUUUCUUUUCGCAGAAAAUGUUAGUUAUUUUCCGGGAAACGAAUUACUAGAUUUUUUACUUGGAGGUAAAAAUCCUGAAAUACACUGUGGUCUGCGAUGCUUAGAAACAUCCGAUUGUAUGGCUAUGGACAUAUGUGACGUCACGGUCUACCCAAGAUGUCGUCUGUGGACAACAUUGCCAGAUGUAAGUUCCACCAACACAUACAUUUGCCGGCGCUUUUUUGAAAUAACCACUAAGUUUCUUCAAGUAACGACACCACAGACUUCGUCUGAACCUGUAUCGAUCCAGACAACAUCAAAUUCUAUUCCUCAGACAACAUCAGAUUUAUCAUCACAAACAACAACUCUGUUGACAUUCCAAGCACAAACAGCUCUUGAAUCUGCAAUUCAAACAACAGCUAGUGCUGAUACAACGACUGCUAUUGCUACCACGCCUAUAGAUAUGAACUGUGCCGAGGGCUGUGAUUGUCUCCCUAUCACAAACAAGUUCGGCCCUGAGUCAGAGCAGUACCCUGUCACUUUGGACGGAAAUAACGUUUCUUAUGUUUGCAAACUCAUCUCAGGAGAAGUUUGGACUGUAAUUCAGCGAAGAAUUAAUGGAGUGAUUGACUUUCACAGUAAACUUUGGACAGAGUAUGAAGCGGGAUUUGGUUCCAACUCUAAUGAAUUUUGGAUAGGUUUGAAGGAGAUUCAUCGUUUAACCUCUGUGGGUUUAACUAAGAUCCGUAUCAACCUGGGAUUUGAAGACGGUUCUGAUGGCUAUGCUCAAUACAGCCAUUUUACAGUUGGGGGAACGGAUACAGACUACAUGUUAACGAUAUCAGGCUAUAGUGGCACUGCUG